CUUUAAACAAUGUUGAAUAGAACUAAACAAGCUGACAACACAAUAGGUGGACUAUUGGCUGGUAUGACUCGAGAACUGAAUUGUUCUUCUUGUUUUUCUUUAUUCAAUACGCCAACAAUAACCUAUUGUGGGCACACUUUUUGUUCAGCGUGUAUAAAAAAUGCUAUUACAACAAACAGUUGUUGUCCUUUAUGCCAAGAGCCCCUUACUUUAGACCAGUUAAGCAACUCAGUGCGAUUACAGUCCAUAGUAACAGAACUAAGUAAACUGAGAGACCAGUUCCAACGUGAGUUUGAGGUCGAUCUAUCGCAAGUCCAAAUACAAUAUAUUACAGAUCAUGACCGUGAACAGACAAUGCAAGCCAACUCUCUUUUAAAGGAAAAAUCAUUGCAAAAAAUACCUGUUCAAAAGCCUGCCUAUCAAUAUAGAGUCUGCCAGGCUAAUAGAAACCCUAUUCAUGAAAUGAAGAUACCUAAUGUUGUACUUGAGUCUAAAAUAAGCUCUAGCAUUACACAUUUGGUUAUUGAUGCAGAUAAACACGGCCUUGUAAAAGCAAAUCAACUUUAUAGAAUUGGAGUCAUGUUUGGAUGCUAUAUUGUGAAUGAGAAUUGGCUCAGAAUAUGCAUAGAGAGAAACGAAAUGGUGCCUGAAGAAAGGUUUGAAAUACAGGGUGACACAAUUCAUGGAAGAACAGGUGCCGCGAAUAAGGCUAGGAUCAACAGAAGUCUCAAGAAACCAAACUUGUUCAAAGGUAUUCAGGUUGGCCUAAUUGAUGAUGCAGAGAACAAGUAUCGUCGAUUGCUUACUGUUGGUCGUGCAACUAUCGGAGAUGAAUUCGAAGACAUGAUUGUAUGCAGUGACAAGCCAGUGAAUACAGAAGAAUUAAGACAAAAGUAUCCCAACAAAACUCUCGUUUCAAUAGACUGGAUCAAUGAUUGUAUCGACAAUUAUGAAAUUCUGAAAAAAGACAGUUACAUCUUGUAAAAAAAAACAA